GAAUAAUGUUAGGUUAACACGUUGAAUAGUGUAAAAAAUUUUAAUAAUAAAUUAAUUAUUCAAAUUAUCUCAUUUGUAGUUGAAUCAUAAGUAUAAAAAUAACAAAACCAACAUAUUUGUUAGUUUAUAGGCAGUGUUUAGUUUAUAAAAAAUUUCAAAAUUGGGCGUUUGGGAAUAUCUGCUAUCCGCAAGAUGGCCGGCGCGGUUCGGGCCCUGAUCGUCUGCGGCCCGUCGGGCGUGGGCAAGAGCACGAUGGUCGCCCGCAUCCUCGACGAGUUUCCCGACUCGUUCGGCUUUUCCGUCAGCCACACCACGCGGAAACCGCGGCCCGGCGAACGCGACGGCGUCCACUACCACUUCACCGAUCCCGAGACCAUGAAGGGCGCCAUCGCCGACGGCCAGUUCCUCGAGCACGCCCUCUUCGGCGGCAACAUGUACGGCACCAGCAAGGCGGCCGUCGAGAAAAUCGCCGCGAACGGGAAAGUUUGCAUAUUGGACAUCGACGUGCAGGGGGUGAAGCAGGUGAAGACGACGGAUUUGAAUCCGUGGAGUAUAUUCGUGAGGCCUCCGAGUUUGGAGGCGCUUAAAGAGAGGUUGUUGGGGAGGAAGACCGAGACCGAGGACAGCAUGAGGAAGCGGCUGGGGAAAGCGCAGGAGGAAAUCGACUACGGAACGCAGCCGGGAAACUUCGAUCUCGUCAUCGUGAACGACAAUUUGGACAGGGCGUACGGCGAAUUCAAAGAUUUUAUCGUCGAAAACGUGCUAGUAUUCAAAGGUAACGGGCAUUUGUGAACGGCGCUCGUUGUUGAAUCAGUAUCAUUCCUAUAUUCGUUUUUAAGCAAUAGAAUAAUAAAGAGGCAUUUUUUUUCGAUUA